AUGUCGGGUGUGCCGGUCGGCUGUUUGGCGAGCGCUGGCAGUCUAGAUAUUGCGAGAAAGUUUCGCGGGCGUACGCUGGGCCUAAGAGGGACACUGCGGAGGGCCCGAGUGUCGAAAAUACGAUCCCCUGAAGUGUCCGAAAAGGUGAACAACGCGACAGCGAGGGUGCAGACGAAAAAACCACCGACGGUACCCAACGUAUGCGUACAGUGGCCAGAGGCCGCGGCAUUGAGAGGAGUCGCCAUCCAACGAGGAAGAGUUAGCGCCGCGAGGGCUGCUUUUCCUACAACCGCGGCAGCCUUGGCCCUAGCCAGAAACCCAGGGCCACUCGCAGCUGCGGCCGCGGCUACGGCCCUGCAUCCCUUCGCACCUGCUGUUUAUUACGACCCGUUCCUAGCAGCGCACGCAGCGACGCAGGAUCCCAACUACAGGCUGCAGCUGGAAUGGCCUCAAGCAACAGCUGACGCCGCGGCAGCAGCAGCUGCAGCGUCACCGUUGCUGAAGACGCCCCUCUCGACGGCGCAGCAGGCCACCUACGCAGCUGCAGCGACCUACACGGCAGUGGCUGCGCGCGCAUACGGCGCAGCUGCAGCUGCGGCACAACCGGUCGCAGGAUAUGCCGCAGUCGCGGGUUACGGACGUGAAUACGCCGACCCCUACAUUGGACACGGCAUUGGACCAGUAGCUGGCUAUGGGGCGACAGUGUACAGAGGCGGCUACAACAGGUUCACGCCGUACUAAGGGUUGAAAGACACCGAAGAAGCGCGAGCCUUCCAAGUACACCGUUAUACUCAGCAGAACAUGACCAGCAGUCGACACAAUCAUCAUCGUCAUCCGCCAUCGAUCACGAUCACCCCACGAAGCGAUGCCUGGAUCCUCCGCGCAUGCUGACGUCCAGCCUCUUAGCACCGAGUUUAGCUCCCGUCGACGCGCAACGGUCGUUCCAGAUCCCGACUAACGGAUCGACGGCGAAGAAAGCCUCGGGUUCCAGCAAACGAACCGGAAACUCGUCGCCAUUGGACGGCCGAUCGACCGCAACGAUCUAGGAAGAAAGAACGAGACGAGGGAGUCGGACGAGCGGUCGCAACGACGUUCGGAGAAUCAGGGAUCGAUGGAUCCGGAUGGAGGACCUGGAGGACGCUUCGAAUUCGUAUCAGGUUCCAAACGCGCUUCGGACAUAGCCGAUUAAGAACGGUGCUUCUCAACCGGAUGAACAGAAUCCCUCUCUGAACGAAUACUUUGUACGCGACGAGCAACUUCUUAUUCGUUGAUGGUCGAAUGGAAAUUAUAUUUAUUAUCGCGUUCUAGAUAUCGUACCGAUUUAUGAAAUGAAAUUGAAUUUGGUGUAUUUCAUUCUGUAAAUUGUAUCGAUUCGUAGAAAAACUGUUUCUCGGGGGACGAAUGGAAACAUUCGAUUGGUUCCAUUCGUCGCUUGUCCCCGCUAGCAUCCAUACCCAAAGAGAUUAAAAGAAUAAUAUCACUCGUGUUGCUCGAACGAGAACGUCAUAUUGAAUUAAAACUGCCUUCAACGACUUCCUCUAAGAAACGUCACAAAGACCCCUUAGGUUGCAAAAAUAUGAGCCAGCGAACAAUUACGUUUCGAAGAAACCUAAAACUGAAAACAUCGACCAAACGAAUGAAAGAUCGAAGUUGUUCGUUACUAUGUGAAGAAAAAUUCAAACUCGUGUUAGAAUUUUGCUCGUCCCUGUGGCGAUCCACGGGUCGGGAAGCACUGGAUCAGAGAUAGGAAACGGUCGACAGGGCGACGAAGGUCCAUCGAAGCGUUGUCGAACUUUCCGACGGUCUCCAAUCGAUAAUCGCGAGAGACAGAGACGCGGGGGUAAAUUGGUAAACCGAAUUAGCGAACAAAGAAGAGACACCCUCGAAUCGGGUUCGCUAAACGUGCUAGAAGUUUCGGUACACUUCGGUAGUAGCAGAAAAAACGAACGUGCGGAGGUAGGUAAACUCGAGGAUCGAAUUGGAACGAAUCGCAGGUUGAGUUUGGUCCGUUCGAAGCGUGUUCGAGGUUUUCGCUCGAAAUUCCUAGGGUACGUGGCAUCGCGUCGUCAGAUCAGUCCGUUCGUCCCCCCUCGAGUUCGGACCCGGCAGCCAUUCUCUUCUGAAGCGACGAGGUGAGCUUCGACGUUUGGUAGAAAGCCCUCGAAAUUACAGGAAAAUCGAUCAGAGACAGAUCCUGUAAUCCGUGUGUUAUACGAAAAUCAAAUUGCCAAAUUUACGAAUUAAAGGGUUGGAACAGUCGGUUUCCUUUUUUUUAUAUCUCCAGAGCUUGCGUUGGAGUUGCAGAUCUUUCACCCCUUUCUACCAAUCGUCGAACGAUUAGUCUUGUUAAUCCUACACGGUGGACUUGCAUAUUACACGCGAGUAUAUACGGUAUCUAUAAUAUAGAUAUACAUGAUUGAUCUCUCUAGAAAUCGAUUGCAAUUACGCAAUACGUUUCACUUGGGGCACGUUUACCGAUAGUUGUGAGAAAUUUUUAAAAACGCCCCGGCCAACUUUUAUCGCGUAUCGGUAUAUAUUUUGUUGCGUCAGCGUUAAUGUAUCAUACGUUGUGGCUGGAGAGGGGGGAAAAAAUGGGACAUGAAAUUUUGUACAUAAUUAAUUGCUGUCGCGAGCGCCGAAGCCAGGGGGGUGGGAUGUCCAGCUAGUUCGUGAAAUCAGCUUUAAUGGCUAUUUUUCUUUCGCUGUAAUCAUUGCAUUUCUCGAGUAACACUUCGUUUUCAUUCUUCGUGUAUCUUCCUUUCGCGAGUCUUUUGCCUGAACCACCUGCUGUCCCCAUUGUCGACACGUUCUUUGGCAAUCGUCACUUUCGAUCAGUGGUCUCGUUAAUGGCUGCCGGAAAAGAACUCCUCCUUCGUUCUCGACGUGGCGUUAAAUAAAAACAUGGAAGGAGAUAUUAAUUAAAUCGCGAGACCCUUCGGUAGAGCUAAAUCUAAGAAGCAAAGCGACGAGGCAGUUACGCGUGACCGGUAGGGUUUCUAUGCCAAAUAUGUGUGAGUGAGUGAGUGUGUGUGUGUGUGUGUGUUUGGUUGCAUCGCCGUGUGUGUGCGUAGAUUCGUCAAUCAAAUCCGUUGCAACACAAAUUUAAACAAACAAUACCAAAAUGAGACUACGCAACCGACGCAGCUUCCUUUAAUACUCGUCAUUUCCACGAUUCUUCAACGAAAGAUCGAUCGUUCGGGAACUUAGGGAUCCAUGGAGAUCUCGAAGAACCUCCGUUAGCGUAGACGCGAGUAGACGGAUGUAAGAUACAUCGAAGACUGUCGAUAGAUAUUUUUUGCUCUCUUGUUUUCUGUUUUCUUCGGAUUGAGGAACCACUUUACACCGGAUCUCGAUGCAUUAUUUGUUCGUUAAACGAACCAGUCCUCUGCACGCGACCUAUUUCGACGUGGAGUCCUGAUAAUAGGAGCAAUUUCAUUUCAACGGUAUACGAAUCUUGAAAGAUGCUUUAUUCGUCUCCUCGGACAGUAAAAAAGAACUGUACAAUUCUUUCAAUGAUAUAGAAUCUUGAUAAAAGGGAAGACAUCCUGUCAACGUCGCUUAGGUCUUGAAAGAUUCUUUGUUCCCUUACUCGGGUACCAAGGAAGAGUAUCUGUACAAUUCCGCCGUUGACAUAAAAUCUUGAUAGAAGAAACUACGUCGGGUCUUGCAAGCUGAUACGUUCAUUUUCUCUAACUCCGACAGAGAAUCUCUGUACAAGUACUUGGUCGACGUAGAAUUUUUAUAAAAUACAUAAAUACCGCUGUAGCAGCUGAAUUACCGGUAGCAGCUUCUAUACCGUUUUACUCUGUAUAUUCGCCAACAGUCUAAUAUUACUAUUCGCCGUUGGUUCGUAACCAAAUGCGACCAAGAAUUGACUUCUUCUUCGAAAGGAAAAAUAGAAUGUACCUUUUUCGAGAAUCUAGGUAUAUAUCUUUUGAUUCUGUACGCCUCGAAAACGAAAAACAAAAACACAUGCAAACAAAACACACGCACACACAGAGUGCUCCAUGCAGGGGGAUACGCGAAAGGGAAAUGGAACGCACAUUGAGCCGAGUGAGUGAUAAUCCCUGUUAAAUUCUAGUUAAGUGAAGAUUUAUCGUAAUGAAUAUAUACAUAUAUAUAUAUAUAUAUAUAUGAAUACAUAUAUGUAUAGGUAAGCCGCGUUGCGUGACUCGACGUGAAAGGGUAAGUGGGGAGUGUUAGUGGAACGAGUGAAUGAACCUAAGAGAGAGAAAGAGAGAGAGAGAGCAAGAAACGGAACCGACAAGACGCGCGAAAUAUAAAACGCAACGGAUAAAGGGAUAUACAAUACACAAAGAGUCGUGUGAAAUAGCCAAAUAUGACAAAGAUGUUCUUUUCUGUUUUGUUUAUUUACUUCCUCUCUCUACGAUUUCUUUUCUGUUUCUUUUUCUCUUGUUUUUCUUUUUUUAUAUAUAUAUAUAUAGUAAGCACGACAGGUAGCUCUGUCGACGGUUACGUUUUUAUUCUAAAUCUGUCGCUAGGAUAGAUUACUAGGCUAGUUAUACGAGAGCCCGCGACGGCGACACGGGCCCCGAGCCCCCUUCGAGCAAGGUGAGAAGCAUUAUUCUCGGCUUUUUUUUUUUUUUUUUUUUUUUUUUUUUGUUCGUUUUGCGUGUGCGAGCGCCAAGUACAUGUAAAUAAAAAUUAGGGAGAUCGUAAACGACGAUACGAGUCGCAUCGUCGGAGCACAAAAGAAAAGAAAAGAAAAAAAGAAGUAAUCGCGAGGGGAAGCCGGCGCGCGCUGCGCUUCCCCGGUUAGGGGGGCGGCUGUUUAGGAUCGCUGAAGCGAGAAAAGAAAAAAAAAAAAAAAGUUACACACAGAACAUACUCAUGAUUCUGGUAAACGUUUAAAUUAACGAGCGUAGAUUUUAAAGGUGAGCCACGAACAGUUGGCGAACAGCUAGUGAUACGAUAACGAGAACUGUGUUUCGCCUGGUGGUCGUCCGAGCGAUCCAGGCCACCGCGCGCGCUCUCAAAGAGGGGCGUUCGUUCGCGAACGAAGAAGCCAGAGCCAGGACGCGAUCGUUCCUCGACGAACGGGACGGUUUUUACUUAUAGGUAAAGGGCCCGCGAGGAGCCCGCAUGCUCGAGCGACGAUUGAUAUUAAAACGUUAGGGGGACACUGAUAUUAGAAUCGUCCGUUACAGAGGAACGACGCGAUCGUGGCUCGAUGGGGUACCAGGCGAUGCAUCUAUCCCUGUAUAUUGUACACUGUAAUUACAAUUUAUACUUACUCGUAAUCGAUACCUUUAUCGGUAGGCUAUUACUACUAGCGGCUAGCGUAAGGUCAAGCUCAAAUUCUAGGCGAGACCCGUCGUCUUCGCGUCUUUAUUCUUCGUCACGAGUGCACAACUCCCCCUGAGAAACCCGUAAUAUCCCUCGAAACCAGGACUCCUCUUCUCGUACCGACUAUAUCGUUGUUCUUUGCGCCCUUAUUCGUUCCCAAAAAUUGCGUACACUGGCCUAUCGAUGGACGAUCGACGAAUUCACGACCGACGAACCGGCCCGACCGACUAAUUUCUUGUUCCCCUGCGACACACCCUUCCUCCCCUCCCCAUUUCCUUUUAUCGUUCUUUUUCGCUUGACACUUCGUUUUUACAAACGGGGAGAAACGCCUCCAGAGGCUCGCGGGACUGGUAGACGUCGAAGCAACCGACGACACCGAUUCUCGAAUUGUAUAAAUUGCUCGUACGAAUUGUAUUUAACGAUAGUUUAUUCGCCUAAGACUGCAGGGGCGCAGGAGUCUAUACGGCGGUGGUUCUUAACCUUUCAGCGACGAACGGAUACCAGGAUCUGUUUACAUGUAAAUACGGCUGAGUUAUAGGAGCGUUGAUCAUGUUCUGUUUGCUCCGAGUAAUGAUAGAUAAUCACAUACUAGUAAUUAGUUUAUAGAAAUGGCUGAAGGAGAGCCACAGAAAUCAAUAUAAAUGUUUUCUACUUCAUCUGUUGAUCAAUUCACGAAUAUAAUUUCUCUUUUCAAUGAUAAAAGAUUAAACGUGUUCCGUGAUCAUGUUGAAUUUCUAUCUUCGGUGAAUUGUAAUCGUUUUAAAAACGAUAACGAAUAAAAGUCCAUCGGAUCCGUCGCCGAGCGACGCGGGGUUUAAGGAGCGCUGCUCUACAGAGUUCUCGUGAAGUGAAUUCAGCGCAGAAAAAUGAUCAAAAAUUGUACCUCGUCCCCCUCGACUCUAACAUCCUUCUACAAUUCCAGUUUCGUUCAUUGCGCUUGAAAAAGACCAGAGCUACGUGCCGCAAACACGGGAAAUAUUCCCGCGAGCACUUCGUUAUUUCUAUACGCUGGAUUCGCUCCCUACACCCUGUAUAUUUACUAAAAAAAAACAGAGGAUUAGAGUCCCUAACCGAUGAAUCGCUGUACAUAGGAAAGCCUCGCGAAGUUAGAGGUAGCCACGAACGGUCAGGCUAGCGUAGCAUUUCUGCGACCGCGUAGAGGAUAGAAGCGUCGACGAUAGUCCUCUCCGUACGCUUAGACAAUUUAUUCGCGCUCGAAUAAAUGAAAUUUCACGUAUGUAAUUCCUAUGGCGUUCCGUGGGACGCCUAAUCGAUGGUAGAAUUGUACAAAAACAAUUGCGAGAAUUGUAGAAUCGGCUCGUCGGUCGCCUCGACGCGUCUGCGAGACAGAGAUGGGUAAAAUUCUUGUCCAAGCGAACAGAAAUUCGAAUAACAAAUAAAAGAUGAAUAACUAAAAAUGGAAAAAAGAAACAGAAGAAAUUGUAUUCGUUGCUCGUUCGAUAAACAUUGGAAUCGGGCCUGUAGCACGAAAUUAUUUUUCGAGAAUGAAUAAAAGGUUUAUUCGUCGUCUAUCGUUCGAAUAAAAAAAAAAAAAAGAAAAGAAAAGAAAAACAUCUCCUCCCCCAUCUCUGCCGCGAGGCUCCUCGACGCGAGGAAACGAGAAGGCGAAACCUAAUCCCCCGAGGCAUUUCCUCGAAAGCAGCCUUUCGGUUUCCAAAACCGUAAACGGCUCGACUCCAAGCAGCUCUAGCGCGGGACUAUUCGCAGUGUAAAAUAAUCGAAAAGAAAAAAAAAUUAAAGUACGAUGAUACGCACCGUAACGUUAUACAUAUAUAAAUAUUAUUGAUAUAAUGAUAUAAUUAAUUAUUAUAAAGCAGUACCGUAAAAAGGGAUUUUUAAAUAAAUAAUAAUAAUGAAACAAAAAAAAAAAAAAAUACAGUGGAUUUAGACGACUACAUUGACUAAACGUAACGACACAUCUUUACGAGCAACAUAUCCUAGCGUACUAGGCGGGGAGUCGCGGGAGGGGGGGUCAACGACGACGAGGGAGCUCGAAGGGCUCGAGAUUCUCGCGAUGGUCGCUUUUCUGGUGCCACGAAAUGAUCGUUUCUCUCGCGCGGCCCACGCACACUUAACGCCUUCGUCGCCGAGAGGUAUACGAAGGUCAGAGAUGGAGCGAAAUUCUCGUCCAACGGGAAUUCACCUGACGAACGAAGGAUGGACAACUUUGUAUCUAUUAUUUGUUAGAUAAAAAAUUAAUAUUCGACGGAGUCUAGAUCGCGCAGAUGCGAACUCGCGAUCGCGGUCAUCGAGCUUCUUUUGAUAGAAAAACGUAAGGUUGCGCCCCCAUCUCUGAUCGAGAUCGAGGCUGGAAGGAUCUCGAGGACGUCAAUCGUCGCCUCCCCCUCCUCCGAACCCCCUUUAUUCGAAUUAUCGCAAAAGAACGGAGAGAAUGAGAUCGGGAUGCGAGUGACAUAAGGGAUGUUCCAUGACAUUAGGACGUUACACGAUGAAUAAAUUAAGUAUCGACGAGACGAGCGCGAUCUCGAUGUUUAUACGUACACGUGUGGCCAAUCGACAAGGGGUGGGUGGGAUGGGAGGGUGGGGAUUCGCUGAGAGACGGUGUCGAAUCGCGAGGGAUGAAGAAAACGUGGACGAGAUGUAGUAGUAACGAUUCAAAUACAAAAAUGGGGUAUUCUACCAGGAAAAAUGAAAAAAAAUACACACACACACACACACACACACACACAUUCAGACUAAAGAUACAUGAAGUAAACACGAUAAAUCAUAGAACGUCGUAAACGAAAGCUAAAAAUGCCACCUGUUUUUCGCUUCUAUCGCUGUGUAAAAACGGAUUCGCGACGAGAGACAAGCGCCACAGUCGCUUCGUGGUUUCUGGUCGCGAAUCCUCCUCGAAGUCGAAGCAAAGCGCAGUGACUGGUCACGUCACGAGAAUGCUGAGGACGUCAUGCACGUACACACGUACACGUACACGUACACACUACACGUACACGUACACACUCACACACACAUGCGACCGGGAUAAAAAUUGCAAAUUGCAUUAAACAGGGAGAGACGAAACGACAGGUACAUACGAGAGAACAAAAAGGAUACGAUCAACUCGAACUUUAGUUGCAAAAUACUGAUAGGAGUACACACGAGGUGUCGUUCAGGAACACCUUUAUCAUUGUCUGAUUUGAUGAUAUUUUAUAAGUCUGGACCAGUUGUUAGGUUCUUAUUACUCCCAUAGCGACUUCUUAUGGCGUAUUUUCUCUGUAUAUUGUCAAUGUUUAUUAUUAAAUAUUUUUCAAAUAAACUACA